GGGGCUGGCCCGGGCGCGCCACGCGGUGGAGGCGGCGAGGCCGGCGAGGGACAGCACCUGGUGGCGGCCGCAGGUGUGCGUGGCGACCACAACCCCAGACCGUGGGCUGAACGCAGCGUCUCCGUCCCCGGCAUGACGCAGGACCCCAGGCUCCUCAGGCUGUCCUGGCGACAUGGCACCUGGCUUCUCUCCACAAGGACAGUCCGUCUGACAGCACAGCCCUCGCCCAUGGGAUUGGUUUGGAGCCCCUACCGGAGAUAGACUAUGUCAAAGAGGCACAAUGACGUUGCACAGUAACAGUACAACCUCGCCUUUGUUUCUGAACAUCAGCUCCUCCUGGAUACACAGUCCCUCUGAUGCAGGGCUCCCUCCAGGAACACUCACUCAUUUUGGCAGCUCCAAUGUUUCUCAAGCUGUGGGGAAUUUCUCCUCUCCAAAUGGUACCACCAGUGACCCUCUGGGAGGUCACACUGUUGGGCAGGUGGUCUUCAUUGCUUUUUUAACAGGCUUCCUGGCCUUGGUGACCAUCAUUGGCAACAUCCUAGUGAUUGUGGCAUUCAAGGUCAACAAACAGCUGAAGACAGUCAACAACUACUUCCUCCUGAGUCUUGCCUGUGCUGACCUGAUUAUUGGGGUAAUUUCAAUGAAUCUGUUCACCACCUACAUCAUUAUGAAUCGAUGGGCUCUUGGGAACUUGGCCUGUGACCUCUGGCUCUCUGUGGACUAUGUGGCCAGCAAUGCCUCUGUCAUGAAUCUUCUGGUCAUCAGCUUCGACAGAUACUUUUCCAUCACAAGGCCACUCACAUACCGAGCCAAACGAACAACCAAAAGAGCAGGUGUGAUGAUUGGUCUGGCUUGGGUCAUCUCUUUUAUUCUGUGGGCCCCUGCCAUCUUGUUCUGGCAAUACUUUGUUGGGAAAAGAACCGUGCCGCCUGGGGAGUGUUUCAUCCAGUUCCUCAGUGAGCCCACCAUUACCUUCGGCACAGCUAUUGCUGCCUUUUACAUGCCCGUCACCAUUAUGACUAUUUUAUAUUGGAGGAUCUAUAAAGAAACUGAAAAGCGUACCAAAGAGCUUGCUGGGCUGCAAGCCUCUGGGACAGAAGCAGAAGCAGAAAACUUUGUCCACCCCACAGGCAGUUCACGAAGCUGCAGCAGCUAUGAGCUUCAACAGCAAAGCAUGACACAUACCACCAGGAGGAAGUAUGGCCGCUGCCACUUCUGGUUCACAACCAAGCGCUGGAAGCCCAAAGCUGAACAAAUGGACCAAGACCAUAGCAGCAGUGACAGCUGGAACAACAACGAAGCUGCUGCCUCUCUGGAAAACUCUGCCUCCUCUGAUGAGGAGGACAUUGGCUCUGAGACGAGAGCCAUCUACUCCAUUGUGCUCAAGCUCCCAGGCCACAGCACCAUCCUCAACUCCACCAGAUCACCCUCAUCAGACAACUUGCAGGUAGCUGAGGAGGAGCUGAGGAUGGAGGACUUGGAGAGGAAAGCCAACAAGCUGCAGGCCCAGAAGAGUAUGGACGAUGGGAGCAAUUUCCAGAGAAGCUUUUCCAAGCUUCCCAUCCAGUUAGGGUCAGCUGUGGACACAACCAAGACUUCUGAUGUCAAUUCAUCAGUGGGUAAGACCACGGCCACUCUACCUCUGUCCUUCAAGGAAGCCACUCUGGCCAAGAGAUUUGCUCUGAAGACCAGAAGUCAGAUCACUAAGCGGAAGAGAAUGUCUCUCAUCAAGGAGAAGAAAGCCGCCCAGACCCUCAGUGCGAUCCUGCUCGCCUUCAUCAUCACCUGGACACCCUACAAUAUCAUGGUUCUGGUGAACACCUUCUGUGACAGCUGCAUCCCUAAAACUUAUUGGAAUCUGGGCUAUUGGCUGUGCUACAUCAACAGCACCGUCAACCCCGUGUGCUAUGCGCUGUGCAACAAGACUUUCAGAACCACCUUCAAGAUGCUGCUGCUCUGCCAGUGUGACAAAAGGAAGCGGCGCAAACAGCAGUACCAGCAGAGACAGUCGGUCAUCUUCCACAAGCGUGUGCCCGAGCAGCCCUCAUAGAAUGAGCAGUGACAAAACACACACAGUAACUAACCCACAGACUUUAGGAGGAGUAAGGUGAGGGUGGGGAUGAUUUCUGGAAAUGCCUUUAUGCCCAGAUGUGAAAUAAGCUGUUUACUAAUCCAUUGACUAAGGCGAUUUUAAUAUAAAAAAUCAAAUACCAAUUAAGCAAAAAAAUAGCAUGCUACUGAAUAUAAAGAAGUUUAUUCUAAAAAACUUUGAGUGUUUUUGUUUUUGUUUUUUAAGAGGAAAGAAAUAUUGCUUCAUAGCAAUCGUACACCCAAAUGGAUUUGCCUGGGCCUUUGAAUUCCCAUCAAUUCUGUGAUCUCAAUGAGCAUGACUGGCCCAGUUGCCACAUUCUUCUCAAGGGUCCCAGAAGUGUGGAUCCAGACCCCACAUGGAUUCUAGCAGGUAGUGGGUCUGAGUUCUGAACUGCUGUGUAUGUUGCAAGCUGGGUCUUCUCUCCCCAGUAGAGCUCCUAUCUGCUCUUUGAUGUGUUGUUACACUCUUUGUGGACUUGAUUCUUACAAAGUACUGUUUUGUGCAGUUCAAGUUUCAUACAAAUAAAAAUACAU